CCUCUCUCUCUCUCCCUCUCUCCUUUUUCCUGCUGCCUCGUCCACCCCGCGACAGCCAUCCUACUGUUGUUCUCUCUCCCACAACUAUGUCCAAGCGUGCCAAGGGCCUCAGCUUCGAGGAGAAGCGCAAGCGCAUGACGGAACUUUUCUAUGAGACGAAAUGUUUCUUUAACAUCAAGGAACUCGAGCGCAUCUGCCCGGCUCAAAAGGGAAUUAUUUCGCAAACUGUCAAAGAGGUCCUCCAGAGUCUGGUCGACGAUCGCAUUGUGGACUCCGAGAAGGUUGGCUCCUCCAUCUACUAUUGGGCCUUCCCCAGCAAGGCUGUCCAGGGGACGAAGCGCCGCCGCGAUGAUCUUGCCGCCUCGGUAGAGGACGAACGGCAAAAGCGUGCCAAACUCCAAUCGGACCUUGACGAGGCGCUCCUCACUCGGCCCCCCUCGGAAGAGCGGACCCGGGACCUGGCUGAGCUCGCAGCGCUGGAGGCCGAGAAUGCUCGUCUCCGGGAGAAGAUCGACAAAUACAAGGCCAUGGACCCGGAGGUCAUCGAAGCCAAGCAGAAGGAGACCAAGGAGCUGUUGGAUGCGGCCAACCGCUGGACGGACAACCUGUUCAACAUCCAGUCCUACUGCUCGAACAAAUUCUCCCUCGCCCCGUCGGAGUUCCGGGCCUCUUUCAACAUCCCGGAAGACUUCGAUUACAUUGAGGCCUGAAAUACACCCCAAGAAGAUCGCA